AAAAAAUUAAACCCGUUUCUGUUUUACUAUCUUUUUCUUCUUUCUUCUUCGAUUUUGUGGUCAUCGUCAAUGGCCACAAACUCAGCCCUCUCUUGGCAUCCCUUGCACCCCAAAACCCGUCUUCCACUCCGCCACCAACGGCUGCCCCUCUGCCGCGUCCAUGCCGUCACCGUCCGCGCCUUCCAACGCAGCGACUUCGACCGCUUUGCCCGCCGGAUGACCUCCGGCGAGGCCUGGAGAGAUGCCUGGAGCAGCGCCAACGGUGGAUUUGAGCAACUCGUGUUUGAAGCUAAGAAGACCGCCGAGCGUAUCGACCGCCAGUACGCCGUGUCCCGCAGACUCAGCUCCGCGGCGCGCGCAGCCUCUGACCGUGCACGUGAGAUCGAUCGGGAGUUUAAAAUUAGCGUGCGGUGGAGGGCUCUUAGUAUGGAUUUUAGUAGAAAUUGGCCAAGGUACAGGAAGCAGCUUAAUGAUUUUCUGGAUACUCCAUUGGGAAGAAGUUUUGCUACAAUUUUCUUCCUCUGGUUUGCAUUAUCUGGAUGGCUGUUUCGGAUAUUUUUCUUUGCUGCAUGGGUCCUUCCACUUGCAGCACCUCUUCUGAUUGGGACUGUGGCCAAUAAUUUUGCCAUUAAGGGAUCUUGUCCGGCUUGUAAGAGGCAGUUUGUUGGUUACAAGAACCAGGUAAUUCGAUGUACAGGCUGUGGAAACAUUGUGUGGCAACCGGAAGGUGACUUCUUCUCAGGGGGUGGUAAGGGCAAGACUACGUCAAAGUCCGAUGGAGACAUCAUCGAUGUUGAGUUUGAAGAAAAAUGACAAGCAAUGCCAAAGCGAUGUAACCGUUGGUUCAUUCUGCUGCACGAGCUCAAACCUGGCAAAUGGAAAACAAGAGGGUAGAUGUCUAUGAUCAUUCCUGGCGAUAUGCAUCUUGCUGAGAUCUUACCAUUGCCUUUGAUAAUGUUUUUGUUUGUUUUGCAAGUGCUUUUAGGGACUGUGCUUAGCAAUACUACCCUAAUCUGUAUAUUAUGUUAUGCUUCUUAGUUAAAGGGAAACAUUGAGAAACAAUGAGACUGGAGCCCCUCUUUGGCCGUUUGUUCAUAACAUGAAUUUUCCUCCUGGCGGGCUUCCUUUAUGACUUAGUUGUGAAUCAAUACAAGUGAGAUUAAGAAUC